UUCAGUGGUUUUUCUAAGCUUUUCAAGUUUACUUUUACCUGCUAGUGGUACUCCUCAGUUCACUAAUUGUCCCAGUUCAGUGUGUCUCUCUCAGCCAGUUAGUUAUGAGUGUAGUGUAAAUACAACUGGUGGAGCUGAUACUUUAAGAUGGACAAUAUUCGAUGAUAAUAAUCUUGCAAUUGCUGGUGUUGUUCCAUAUGCUGUAAAUCAACCAUUACCAGCAAUGUCAAUUAUCAGGAAUGACUUCACUGCCAACCUGACGGAUAGUUCUGGUCCUAUUGUCUCUGAUAUAUCGUUUACUCCAUCAUUAAGUAUCAAUGAUUACACUGUUGAAUGUGAUGCACGUGGUACUGGUAGCUAUCCAGCAGUUACCUGCCCUAUAUUAAUAGCAGGUAUUCCAGAUGCUCCUGUUCCUAAUGAUCCUAACUUCACUUCUGAUACUCUUACCUUCUCCUGGUCUCCAUCAAACAGUACUUGUGUAUCUCAUUACAAUGUUAAUGUUACUAGUAUUGACUAUACUAUCAGUACUAAUGAUACUAGUCUGAGUUUACCAGUACCUUCAACUAAUGAUACAGAAUAUUCUAUUAGUGUAGUAGCUGUUGAUACUGGGGGUAGAUAUAUGAACCCUAUGGAUGAAAAAUCAUUUGAAGCUAAUGUCCCUGAAUUUGUGAGUGACUUAAUGGUAAAUCAGACUGGUCUCAGUAUUAACAUAUCAUGGGAUGAACCACCUACCCUUAUGUUUCUCCCUGUAUUAAGUUAUACACUACAUCAUAAUGUUACAAGUGAUGCUAGUAUAACAAUAUUAGCUCCUAACACUUCAUACAUUAUACGGUCUAGUGUUGUUGCAGGAUCAGUGUAUACUGUUGGAGUGGAAGCUGUUAAUACAUUAGGAACUGGUCCUAUUGCAUCAGCUACAAUAAGCAUCAUUAGUACUUCUGUUCCUUCUCCUACUAUUACACGAAUGAGUAUGACAAUGUCACCUUCUGUUACUAGUAGUACACCUGUAGUUACAAGUACGAGCAACUCAACACAAUCCACACCAACAUCUAUACCAACUAGAAGUCCUAGUGGAUUAGACAGUGCAGUGUACAUUGGUAUAGGAGUUGGCGUAGCACUGAUUAUCAUUGUUAUACUAAUACUCAUUGUUGUUGGUUACCUGGUCUGGCGUAAAUCUAAAGGAGAGCAAGCCAAUUUCGAUCAAAGAAGAGAUUCAACAGAGCCUAUUGCAUUAGUAGACAAGAAAGACCAUGGUAGUAGUCCUGCAACAGGUCAGCCUAUAUAUCAAGAAGCAAUGUCCAGUGAAGACAUUCAAAGAGAGGCAGCACCAACCACUGGGGAAUUGUAUGCACAGCCAAGCAAAGGAUCGACAAGACGUCCUCCUCCUCAACCUCAGUCUGAGCUGGCUACCUAUCAAGACCCUAGCACCAUACAGAGAACACAAGCACCUAAUAUGGAGUAUCUAUAUGCUGAAGUGGAUAAGUCUAAACCACAGCAGCAACAAGCAGUGUAUGCACAAGUUGAUAAAGAGAAAAAGGGAGGUGAUGGUACAGUAUAUGCUGAUCUUGAUCUAAAGAAUACUCAGGGUGUUCCAGUCACUGGAAGUAAUCCAGCCAACGUCAUUUAUUCUGACGUCCAUAAUAAUUAGAAAAAACUGCUCGACUGAAAUAUUAUUAAUUAAUUAAAUAUUUGAUGCUGUAGUUUGUAGAGGCAAGCCAAGGAUUUUUGUUAUUUUGCUUUGUUGUUUUUAUUAAUGUAAUAUUAAGAUAUCUCAUUGGUAGUUAAUAGUUGUAUUGACUUACAACUUGUUAUUGUUAUUAAAUUUUUAUUAUAUUAAUUUAUUAUUAUUAUUAUUAUUAUUAUUAUUAUUAUUAUUAUUAUUAUUAUUAUUAUUAUUAUUGUUGUUGUUCCUCAUUUUUGAAGAUUGACUAUCUGAUCAUUAAAAGAAA